GACCUGGAAAUAGUGUAUUCCUAUUUACACGGUAUGGAAGCCUUGUCCAACCUGAGAGAGCAUCAGCUUAGGUUAAUGUGUGAAACUGUGAGAUAUGAAAGACACGAAGCAAAUGAAGUUUUAUACUAUCCUGAUGAUAUUGGGACCUGCUGGUAUAUCCUGCUGUCUGGUUCCGUGUUCAUUAAGGAGUCCAUGUUUCUCCCAAGAAGCAGUUUUGGCAAGCGUUCUGCAGGAAGCUUUAGGCGGGGCUGUGAGUGCAUUGUUCUAGAGCCUUCUGAAAUGAUUGUGGUGGACUAUAUGGAUGAAAAUGAAGAAUAUUUUCAGCGUCAAGCCUCUCAUAGACAGUCUCGAAGAAGAUUUAGAAAAAUCAACCAGAAAGGUGAAAGACAAACAAUUAUUGAUACUGUGGAUCCUUAUCCUAUGGGCAAACCACCCUUGCCUAGAGGCUAUCAUACGGAAUGCACUAAAUCUCAGCUUCCUGCAGACUUCACAAAACUGCACCUCACUGACAGUCUGCACCCCCAGGUGACCCACGUGUCUUCCAGCCACUCAGGAUGCAGCAUCACCAGCGACUCCGGAAGCAGCAGUCUUUCUGAUAUUUACCAGGCCACAGAAAGUGAGGCUGGUGAUAUGGACUUGAGCGGGCUGCCAGAAACGGCGGUGGACUCUGAGGACGACGAUGAUGAGGAGGACAUCGAGCGGGCCUCAGAUCCGCUGAUGAGCAGGGACAUCGUGAGGGACUGCCUGGAGAAGGACCCAAUUGACAGGACCGACGAUGACAUCGAACAACUCUUGGAAUUCAUGCACCAGCUGCCUGCCUUUGCGAACAUGACGAUGUCAGUACGGCGCGAGCUCUGCGCCGUGAUGGUGUUUGCUGUGGUGGAGCGAGCAGGGACCGUCGUGUUGAAUGACGGCGAGGAGCUGGACUCCUGGUCUGUGAUCCUCAACGGUUCGGUGGAAGUGACUUACCCAGAUGGAAAAGCAGAAAUACUAUGUAUGGGAAACAGUUUUGGUGUCUCUCCUACCAUGGACAAAGAAUAUAUGAAAGGAGUGAUGAGAACAAAGGUGGAUGACUGCCAGUUUGUCUGCAUCGCACAGCAAGAUUACUGCCGAAUCCUCAACCAAGUAGAGAAGAACAUGCAGAAAGUUGAGGAGGAAGGAGAGAUCGUCAUGGUAAAAGAGCACCGAGAGCUUGACCGGACUGGAACCAGGAAGGGCCACAUCGUCAUCAAGGGCACCUCAGAAAGGCUAACGAUGCAUCUGGUGGAAGAGCACUCGGUGGUGGAUCCAACGUUCAUAGAAGACUUCCUGUUGACCUACCGGACUUUUCUGUCUAGCCCAAUGGAAGUGGGCAAAAAGUUACUGGAGUGGUUUAAUGACCCGACCCUCAGGGAUAAGGUGACGCGGGUAGUGCUGCUGUGGGUGAACAAUCACUUCAAUGACUUUGAAGGAGACCCUGCAAUGACUCGAUUUCUAGAAGAAUUUGAAAAUAAUCUGGAAAGAGAGAAGAUGGGAGGACACCUAAGGCUGCUGAACAUCGCCUGUGCCGCGAAAGCCAAAAGAAGGCUGAUGACGCUGACCAAGCCGUCGCGAGAGGCUCCUCUGCCUUUUCUCCUGCUCGGAGGCUCUGAGAAGGGCUUUGGCAUCUUCGUUGACAGCGUUGAUCCGGGCAGCAGAGCGGCCGAGGCAGGCUUGAAACACGGGGAUCAGAUAUUAGAAGUAAAUGGUCAAAACUUUGAAAAUAUCCAACUGUCAAAAGCCAUGGAAAUUCUCAGAAAUAACACACAUCUGUCUAUCACUGUGAAAACAAAUUUAUUUGUAUUUAAAGAACUUCUAACAAGAUUGUCAGAGGAGAAGAGAAAUGGUGCCCCCCACCUACCUAAAAUUGGGGACAUCAAAAAGGCCAGCCGCUACUCCAUCCCAGACCUGGCUGUGGACGUGGAGCAGGUGAUAGGACUUGAGAAGGUGAACAAGAAGAGUAAAGCCAACACUGUCGGAGGGAGGAACAAGUUAAAAAAGAUACUCGACAAGACUCGCAUCAGCAUCUUGCCUCAGAAACCAUAUAAUGAUAUUGGGAUUGGUCAGUCCCAAGAUGACAGCAUAGUAGGACUGCGGCAGACGAAGCAUAUCCCAACGGCCUUGCCCGUCAGUGGGACCUUGUCUUCCAGCAACCCCGACCUGCUGCAGUCCCAUCACCGCAUCCUGGACUUCAGUGCCACUCCUGACUUGCCGGAUCAAGUGCUGAGGGUUUUUAAGGCCGAUCAGCAAAGCCGAUACAUCAUGAUCAGUAAGGACACCACGGCGAAGGAAGUGGUCAUCCAGGCGAUCAGGGAGUUUGCCAUCACUGCCACCCCAGAUCAGUACUCCCUGUGUGAGGUCUCCGUCACCCCCGAGGGUGUCAUCAAACAGAGGCGACUUCCAGAUCAGCUGUCCAAACUUGCUGACAGAAUACAGCUGAGCGGAAGGUAUUAUCUGAAAAACAACAUGGAAACCGAAACCCUUUGCUCAGACGAGGAUGCGCAGGAGUUGUUGCGCGAGAGUCAGAUUUCCUUGCUGCAGCUCAGCACUGUGGAAGUCUCCACGCAGCUCUCCAUGCGGAACUUUGAACUCUUCCGAAACAUUGAGCCUACCGAAUACAUAGAUGACUUAUUUAAGCUAAGGUCGAAAACCAGCUGUGCCAACCUGAAGAAGUUUGAGGAAGUCAUUAACCAGGAAACUUUUUGGGUGGCCUCUGAGAUUCUUCGAGAGACAAACCAGCUGAAGAGGAUGAAGAUCAUUAAGCAUUUCAUCAAGAUAGCGCUGCACUGCAGGGAAUGCAAGAACUUCAACUCCAUGUUUGCGAUCAUCAGUGGCCUGAACCUGGCACCAGUGGCAAGACUUCGGACCACCUGGGAAAAACUUCCCAAUAAAUACGAAAAGCUGUUUCAGGACCUCCAAGACCUGUUUGAUCCUUCCAGAAACAUGGCCAAAUACCGCAAUGUGCUCAACAGCCAGAACCUGCAGCCUCCCAUCAUCCCCCUGUUCCCAGUCAUCAAGAAGGACCUCACGUUCCUGCACGAGGGAAAUGACUCAAAAGUAGAUGGGCUGGUCAACUUUGAGAAGCUCAGGAUGAUUGCCAAGGAAAUUCGUCAUGUGGGCCGGAUGGCUUCAGUAAACAUGGACCCAGCCCUCAUGUUCAGGACUCGGAAGAAGAAAUGGCGCAGUCUGGGGUCUCUUAGCCAGGGCAGCGCAAAUGCCGCAGUGCUCGACGUUGCCCAGACAGGCGGCCACAAAAAGCGGGUGCGCCGCAGCUCUUUCCUCAACGCCAAGAAGCUCUACGAAGACGCCCAGAUGGCUCGCAGAGUGAAGCAGUACCUGUCCGACCUGGAGCUCGAGAUGGACGAGGAGAGCCUGCAGACACUGUCGCUGCAGUGCGAGCCGGCGACCAGCACGCUGCCUAAGAACCCUGGUGACAAAAAGCCCGUCAAGUCUGAGACCUCCCCAGUGGCGCCCAGGGCUGGGUCACAGCAGAAAGUGCAGCCACAGCCCCCGCCACCGCCACCAGUGCAGAAGGCCGGCCAGGGCCUGCAAGUACCCGCCGUGUCCCUCUACCCUUCCCGGAAGAAGGUGCCUGUCAAGGACCUCCCGCCCUUCGGCAUAAACUCUCCACAAGCUUUGAAGAAAAUCCUUUCCCUGUCUGAAGAAGGAAGCCUGGAACGUCACAAGAAACAAGCUGAAGACGCGCUGUCCAAUGCGUCUUCGCAGCUCUCUUCCCCUCCCACUUCUCCCCAGAGCUCUCCAAGGAAAGGCUGCACUCUGGCUCCCAGCGGCACUGUGGAUAACUUCUCAGACUCUGGUCACAGUGAGAUUUCCUCCCGGUCCAGCAUUGUCAGCAACGCCUCGUUCGACUCCGUGCCCAUCUCCCUGCACGACGAGCGGCGGCAGAGGCACUCUGUGAGCGUCGUGGAGAGCGGCCUGGGUGCCGGCAGGACGGAGCGGCGGGCCACACUCGAGCAGGACCAGUACAGCCUGGGGUCCUAUGCGCCCAUGUCUGAGAGCCGGGGCUUGUAUGCUGCAGCGACAGUCAUCUCUUCUCCGAGCACCGAGGAGCUCGCCCAGGACCAGGGCGACCGUGCGUCCCUGGACGCUGCUGACAGUGGCCGCGGGAGCUGGACGUCAUGCUCCAGUGGCUCGCACGACAACAUCCAGACCAUCCAGCACCAGAGGAGCUGGGAGACGCUCCCAUUCGGGCACACUCACUUCGAUUAUUCGGGGGACCCUGCCGGCCUGUGGGCCGCCAGUGGCCACGUGGACCCAGUCAUGUUUACUGAGCAUAGCACAAAGUAUAACAGGCAGAAUCAAAACAGAGAGAGUCUUGACCAAGCCCAGUCCCGGGCAAGCUGGGCCUCUUCCACAGGCUACUGGGGAGAAGACUCAGAGGGUGACACGGGCACUAUUAAGCGAAGGGGCGGGAAGGAUGUUUCCCUGGAGGCCGAGAGCAGCAGCCUGACGUCUGUGCCGGCGGAGGAGCCCAAGCCCGGCCCUGUGCCUGCCCACGUGGUGGCCACCUCGAGCACUGCCAAGGGGCUGGUUGCACGGAAGGAGGGCCGGUACCGGGAGCCGCCGCCUACGCCGCCAGGCUACGUGGGCAUCCCAAUCGCCGACUUUGAGGCCGCGCCACACCCGGCGCGCAGGCCGCCCGACUACACCGUGGCCCUGCAGCGCUCACGCAUGGUGGCGCGCCCCACAGAGGCCGCCAGCUCGGCACCGGGCCCCAGGCCAGGCCCCAGGCCGCAGUGGCACAAGCCAGGCGAGACCGACCCACGCCUGGCGCCCUACCAGGCCCAGGGCUUCUCUGCUGGGGGCUGGACUCAGAGUUCCCACAUGCAAGACAAGUGCUCCGCCACUGACUACAUCCCCGCCCCAACAUCAAAUUUAAUGAGCUGAACAAGUAAGUUCUGUGUUAGCGAAGAGUAAAUUAGGUUUCCCGGGGUUAACAGGUCUGACCACGAGCUGAGACUCUUGUGAUGUGGUUGUGUAAUCCUGGCGUAUCAGGUUGUUUCAGUAAGAAAAUGGUCUUUCUCGGCUCAGCCCCAGGCAUGAGAAAAGACCACUUUCCCCGACUCUUGCGGGAGAAUCCACACACGAGUGAUGAACACUGCGUCCAUCACCCACGGGUGGACGGAAAGGGCUAGCUGAAGGAAGCAAGCACAGUCCUGCCUUUGGAGACGAAUACACUAUUGGAUGAUCCUUUCAAAGUCUUUACUUGAGUCUGACACUAGUGUAGCAGAUGCUAAUCUGGCUGUCGUCCACUUCUCCUACUGAUUUUACCUUUAUUUGGGGGAGACCACGCCCCUCUUACAUGGCCUGGGACACGUGCUCUUUCUAGGUUUCCACGAGCACGUAGAGCUCAGACUCCAUCAGUCAGAGCACAUGUCCUAGGAGUCACAGCCAGUGGGCCAGUGAUAGCUCAUGACUUCACCU